CCUGCCCCCUUAAAUACUAUGGGGCCGGCUUAGCGGCAGCGGGCGCUGCUCCCGCUCAGACGCGCCGCGCAGCUGCUCGGAGCCGGCAAGAGAUGCGGGCGGGCAUCGCCUUCCCCGCGGCGCUCAGCAGCCUGCUGCUCUUCGCGUGCCUGCUCCGGCUCGCGGCGCGCGGGGCCCUGCGCACCAGGAGCUGGCAGGAGGAGACCGAAGCAGCUACUGAUGUCACACCCAAAGGGUUCAGGAUACUCCGAGCCCCUGUAGCCUUUGUGCAGCUUGCCACUCACCCGGGGAACAGAACAACUCACAAAAAUGCAAUUUACCAACUUGAACAGGCUUCAAAAUGUAAGGAAAUGCAGGACAAUAUUUGGUCUUCAUCUAUCAAGAAGAAAAGGUAUUCUGAAGAUUAUUACCUUCAAAUAGUGACAAAAAUACAGAACUGCACUUGGAAAAGAAGACCAGGAGAAUUUACAAAAUUUAGAUCAGAACUAGCUUCCUGCUGUGAUGCUGUUCACAACCUUAUUGCUUCUCAAAACAACACCCUGCUGGGAAGUAACAUGAGUUAUGAGGUGGACAAUAAAAAGACUAUUCUCAUCACAGAAGACAUUUUUAGGAUGCUGCCUGAGUCCCCACCUUUUUUGGGCUAUCCUUUUAAGCACUGUGCAGUGGUUGGAAAUGGGGGCAUUCUGAAAAACUCCAGCUGUGGAGCUGAAAUCGAUAACUCUGACUUUGUAUUUAGGUGUAACCUUCCCCCAACCAUAGGAAGCGUUAGCAAAGAUGUUGGCAAUAAAACCAAUCUUGUGACUGUUAAUCCAAGCAUCAUAGCACAGCGAUACAACAAACUGAAUGAAAAGAAGGUGACAUUUCUGGAGAACAUGGCAAGUUAUGGAAACGCUUUCCUUUUACUGCCAGCAUUUUCCUUCAAAAGCAACACAGCUGCAUCUUUCAAAGUAUAUCACACUCUGCAAGAGUUCAGAGCAAAACAGAGGGCGAUAUUUUUCCAUCCCAGGUAUCUGAAAAGUCUUGCCCAGUUCUGGAGAACUAAGGGCGUGAAAGCAUAUCGAUUGUCUUCUGGCUUUAUGAUUGCAAGUGCUGCUGUUGAACUGUGUGAGAAUGUGAAGUUGUAUGGCUUCUGGCCUUUCUCUAAAACCACAGAGGAGAUGCCAAUCAGUCACCACUAUUAUGACAACCAACUGCCCAAGCCGGGUUUCCAUGCAAUGCCCAAAGAAUACAACCAGAUUCUCCAGCUUCAUGGGAAGGGCAUUCUGAAGCUGCAAUUUGGUAAAUGUGACUCAGACGAAAAAGGGUGGUGAGUCCAACAAAGGGAAAUUGUGUAUAUCUCAGAAGUUUGGUAUUGGAUUUGAUAUGAUGUUGUUUUGUGAGCAUUAAACUGCACUAUUAUUAUUUGGAAACAUUUUAGCUGUAAAGGAAAAAGUAAAUGAUUUCUGACGUUGUAAUUGCUACAUUUGUUAACUGCUUGUAAUCAAAAUUGUUUAUGCAAACAAAAUGUAUCUGGAAAAUCUUUGAAACUCCUAAUUAUUGGUUAAACUUAAAGCACAACCUCAAGAUGGUUCCACAAUGUGACAUUUGUAAUGUUUUGCUUGUUAAGUUGUUAUACUUUUAAAAUGUUUUGGUGUACAGAUUACUAUUUUUGGCCAUUUCACACAAGAUGAACAGAAGUGUAUAUUUAUCAGCUCCACAGUGUGACAUGUGUUGUUUGGUAGUGAACUUUUUCCACUGAAAGCCUUUAUCCUGCAAAUUACUCCACUAAGUGGAGUAAUUAUUGCAAGAAAUAUGUCAUUGUGAUUGUGCCCGCACUAGGGAGUUAUACUACCUGUUAUUUCCGCUGAGUACACAAACCCUUGCCCAUGUGUUUAAUUGUAUACAAUGAGCAGCCUCAUUGAUGUAGUGGGUACUUGUAUGCAUGGGUACUAGUCUUUGCUGGAUCAGAGGCCUGUGAUUUUUUUGUAAACCACACAUUAGUGAAUUGUAUUCUGGGUUCAAUUCAACUUCUGCUAAGGACAGUGGGCUAGAUUAUAUGCUGUGCCUCCAAGAACCCAGGUAUGCACCCUGCUCCCCCCACCUAUGGGCAUUUCUCCUCCACUCUAGAUGCACAUUCCUGUCAGUAUACAAAAUGGACUCGUCAGCCAAAGAAACCAAUGGCAAAACUGUGGUCACCCUUCACAUUUAUUCCUGCAGCCAACUGACAUCCAGGCAUAGAACCUACUAAGGUGUUAGGACAGCUGAGGCAUUCCAUUAAGACUCUUCCAGUGUCCUUCCCCCUUCCACGUUCCCUAUGACAGGGAUUGCAGUGGGGGUAGAGUUAUGUAUGGUCAGCCCCACCCUAGUCCUGUGCUGUAGCAGUUCUCCCUCAGCCCCUUGUGACUUCUGUAAGGGGUCGACAAACACCAAUGGAGAAGCAUAGAGGGACCAGAACAAAAGCAAAGAUGGUCUUAAUGGAAAGAUCCUUAUUAACUUUGCUGAGAGUUGAGCUGGCCUUUUGUUCCUGUGCUUUUCAUUCACAGGAAGUGAUGUUCCUUUGCACAUUAUUAUUCAUAGAUUUUAAUAUAGAAUAAAAUUAAGAUAAUAUAAGAAAAUUCUAAUUACUCUUUUCUGCUACCAGCAGAAUCUCUGUGGCCGCUUGGAGAAUCUAUUGAAUGAUCAGAUCAUAUAUAGAAUUUCUUUCUUAUUCUUUGUACAUAUUGAGCUAAAUCUCAACUACUAGAUUCCUAAACAUCCUCUUUAACCAUAUAACACUAUUUUUUUCACUCUACAUUCAAUUAAACAACGUUAAAUAUGCCAUUGAACUUAGCUGUAAGCAAAGUAUUGGGGGAAAAAGGACUAACUUUAUUUAAAGUGAAUGUAAACAAAAAUACUGUUUUCUCAUUAUAUUUUAUCUGUUACAGAAAUAUUCCUACAUUCCUGUGAAAGUGUAUUUAAUGUAUUGGUAAUUUACAUGUUUUAUAUGUGUGUUUUUAUAACUGCUUUAUAUUUGGCCUUUUAUUUAUAUUCUAUGUUAAUUAUAUCAAAUACCUAAUCAAAUUAAGUUAUUAUUCAUUAAAUUUCAUUAGAAUGAGCCAGGGAAGCUACAAAAUAUUACCAGAAAAAGUGAUGCAGCUCCAUGGUAGAAUUUUGAGACUAUCACAUUGAAUUCUCCAUUAACAACUAAUUCUUCACCUGUAAUUUUGAAUAAUUGCUUCCUGGAUUUAUUUCCUCUAGAGAAGUCAAAGCAGGUAAAGACCUAUGUUGCACCAAGAGACUUCAUUGUCUUGAUGGUUUCAGAAGCAAGAGAAUCUUUCCUCUGUUUGCCUUUAUUGUGGCUCAGCCAAUUUACUGCAGAUUGAUCCAAUACAAAACGCUUAUGUGUAGAUAUAGUAAGAGACGGAUUUUAAAACCUAGCCUCCCACUGUGCAAGGACAAUUUGUAGGUUCAAAUAAUGUCACCUGCAAUCCUGAGCAUCUGAGUGCAACCCUGCAGCCCCUCUCCUGAGUUCACACAGUGUGAAUUGGGCCUGUAGACAAUUGCAAAACUGGCAGGUGCAACAUCAUGUAAAUUGAGACACUGACUGAAGCAGAUUUAGGAGUUAAGCUUCUUUACAGACCAUCCUACUUUUGUUUUAGUCCAUUUGUUACAAAUAAAGGGAGAAGAGUAAAUGGGGAGAUUCUAAACUACAUGACAGUUUAUAAGGUUAUAAAUGAACAUACAUUUUAAUUUUAAAAAUAAAUUCUAUUCAUCAUAACACAUAACUAUGGUCUCACAAAUAUUUAAAACUUGUGUUCCUUGCCUGAGGUUUCAUUCAGUGUCUCCAAAAUGUAUAUUUGUUUGGGCUCACUUUUAUUCUGUUUCUUUUAUAUGUGAAUAUCACUGUAGUUAUUACACAUCCUUUGGGCUGUUAUUACUGUGCAUUCCACCAGAAAAAAAAUGAUGCUGAAACCGUCAGCUUUGCAAAUGUUAUUUCCAAAACUGUCUCUUAAAAAUUGAUCACUGCACAUUUUUAUGCUUUAAGAUAUAAACUUGCUAUUGUCUCACACAUUACAAUAUUACAGUAUAGUAUGUAAAUGUCCCUUUGCAGAAUUUAGGAGGAGGCAUUAAAUGCUCCUCUACUGUACAUGUGCAUCAAUACAUGCUUUUAUUACAGGAAACUGGGUGCAGUUGUAGAGAUGUCAGUCGGUUGAUUUAAAUUUAUACUUUGUUUUAUGUUUUUAAGUGCCUAAUGAUUUUAUGUCACAAACACGUUGGUUUCACUGUUAUGAUGCAUUCUUACAACACUGAACUAGUUCCAUAUUGUUCAGUAAUGCAAUUUUUUGCAAUUUCUGUUUGGAAAUAAAGACUUA